CUAAUGAGAGAGCGUUUUUGUUUUCUUGUCUGCUUAAUUGAGUCUACUAGUCUCUCUCUUUCUCUCUCAUUCUUUUGAUCAAACACAGAGAGCGCAGUCGUAGAAGAAAAGAAAUCCUCACAAUGCAUUCAUUCGGCUACAGAGCCAAUGCGUUGCUAACCUUUGCCGUCACCAUUUUGGCUCUUAUGUGCGCCAUGGCCUCUGUAUCCGACAACUUCAACACCCCCACUCCCUCUGCACAAGUCCAGGUGUUGAACAUCAACUGGUUUCAGAAACAGCCCAAUGGCAAUGACGAGGUCAGCAUGACACUGAAUAUAUCUGCAGAUUUGCAGUCCCUUUUCACAUGGAACACAAAACAGGUUUUUGUUUUUCUAGCUGCUGAGUAUGAAACUCCUAAGAAUUCCUUGAAUCAGAUAUCCCUGUGGGAUGGUAUCAUUCCCUCUAAAGAGCAUGCGAAGUUUUGGAUUCAUACAUCAAAUAAAUACCGCUUCAUUGACCAGGGGAGCAAUUUGCAGGGCAAAGAGUAUAACCUGACUAUGCAUUGGCAUGUUAUGCCAAAGAGUGGCAAAAUGUUUGCUGAUAAAAUAGUCAUGCCAGGUUACCGAUUGCCUGAGGAAUAUAGAUGAUGCUCGUCAUGUUAAGUUUUUUGCUGUAACUUUAACCUUUCCUAUAACGGAUAUAGAAGGUUAGUUCAAAGAACUAGAAAGAGGAAGGGAAUUUGUGUUUUGGAAAGUGAAAUCAAUAGCUCUUGAUGGAAUACUUGAACAUCCGAAGUUUGCUUGUGGUUUUGAAUUGUCUCUUGCGUUAGUCUGAACUUUUUUAAUUCCUCUGGAGAAAA